AUGAAGCUCGAGCCAAAAACUCCCUGCCACGUGGUGGCGCUGCCGUACCCCGGCCGAGGCCACAUCAACCCCAUGAUGAAUCUCUGCAAGCUUCUGGUUUCGAAACAACACGACAUCCUCAUCACUUUCGUCCUCACCGAAGAGUGGCACGGCUUCAUCGGAUCCGACCCCAAACCCGAGAACGUCCGCUUCACCACGGUGCCUAACGUCAUACCCUCCGAGAUCGGCCGGGCCAAGAACUUUCCGGGUUUCAUGGAGGCCGUGUGCACCAAGCUGCAAGAGCCGGUCGAGCUGCUUCUGGACCAACUCGAGCCGAGGGUGAGCGUUCUAGUCGCGGAUUCGUUCGUGGUUUUGGGAGUUGGGGUUGCAAAUAAGAGGAAUAUUCCGGUGGCUUCGCUUUGGACGAUGUCGGCGUCUGUGUUCUCAACACUUGAUCACUUCGAGAUGCUCAGAGAUAAUGGCCACUUCCCUGCGGAUGUAUCAGUCCGUGGAGAUGAAGUAAUAGACUACAUUCCUGGAAUCUCCACCACACGCUUGGCAGAUCUUCCCGCUAUAUUCAAUGGAGUUGGUCUACAAACCCUCCACAUAGCCCUUGAAGCUUUUUCCAACACUUACAAAGCACAACACCUCUUGUCAACUUCAUUCUAUGAGCUUGAGCCCCAAGCCUUUGACACAUUGAGAACCAAAUUAUCUUUGCCUGUCUACCCUAUUGGCCCAAGCAUCCCAUACUUCGAGCUUUCAAAACCAGCUCGUGGCAAUGACCUAAACCAUCUCCACUGGCUAGACUCUCAACCUAAAGAUUCUGUAUUGUACAUCUCACUUGGGAGCUACUUGUCUGUCUCGAAAGUUCAAAGGGACGAAAUCAUUGCCGGGGUUAAGGACAGCGGUGUUAGGUUCUUGUGGGUGGCGCGUGGGGAAGCUUCUGAGCUCAAACAUGGUGUUGGUGAUAAUGGUUUGGUGGUGCCUUGGUGUGACCAGUUACGUGUGUUGUGUCACUCUUCCAUUGUAGGGUUUUGGUCGCAUUGUGGUUGGAACUCAAUUCAAGAAGCUGUUUAUGCUGGUCUUCCAGUUCUUACUUGCCCUAUAUUCUCGGACCAACUCCCAAAUGGGAAGCAAAUUGUUGAGGAUUGGAAGAUCGGGUAUAGGAUGAAGAAGAAGAAAGUUGGAGGUGGAGACUUGGUAACCAGAGAGGAGAUUGCAGAGCUUGUGCAGAGGGUUAUGGAUGUUGAGAGCAUUGAGGGGAAGGAGAUGAGGAAAAGAGCAAAACAACUUCAAGAGACUUGUCAAGGAGCAAUUGCAAAGGGUGGUUCUUCUGACUCCAACCUCGAUGCUUUUAUUAAGGAUAUUUCACAAGUUUAA